GGUGUAUAUUUUGCCUUUCCUGAUUGGAAGCUCCGAGUCCAGUUCUCUUGUCUUAAUCAGAAAGACACCAUGGAGGCACCUCCAGUAACCAUGAUGCCGGUCACUGGGGGAACCAUUAACAUGAUGGAAUACCUGUUGCAGGGAAGUGUUUUAGAUCACAGUUUGGAAAGCCUCAUCCACCGCCUUCGUGGUUUGUGUGACAACAUGGAACCUGAGACUUUCCUUGACCAUGAGAUGGUGUUCCUCCUCAAGGGCCAGCAGGCCAGCCCAUUUGUUCUAAGGGCUCGGCGUUCUAUGGAUAGGGCAGGGGCACCCUGGCAUCUGCGUUACCUAGGACAGCCAGAAAUGGGAGACAAGAACCGCCAUGCCCUAGUGAGAAACUGCGUGGACAUUGCCACAUCUGAGAACCUCACUGACUUCUUGAUGGAGAUGGGAUUCCGCAUGGACCAUGAGUUUGUCGCCAAAGGACACUUGUUCCGUAAGGGCAUCAUGAAGAUUAUGGUGUACAAGAUUUUCCGCAUCCUAGUGCCGGGGAACACAGAUAGCACUGAGGCCUUGUCACUCUCCUACCUUGUGGAAUUAAGUGUUGUUGCACCAGCCGGGCAGGACGUGGUAUCUGACGACAUGAGGAACUUUGCUGAGCAGCUGAAACCUCUGGUUCACUUAGAGAAAAUAGACCCCAAAAGGCUCAUGUAACUAAGGAGGUCUCUCUGUCCACCCUUGGGGCCUGUCCUCACCUAUU